AUGAUCAUACCAGGACCAAAGGAACCAAGUCUCGAACAGUUAAAUCAUGCUUUGGAGCCAUUAAUUGCAGACUUUAAGAUGAUAUAUGCAGGAUGCCGCAAGACUGCUGGGUUCACUGGGCACUCACACAAGAUACAUCCCUGCAACAUCUGUCUGACCAAGCUCGAAGAUCUACAGACAGAAACUGCCUAUGACAUCACCAGCAUGUACUCCGUGUCUCAUUAUUUUGAGUUUUGCAAUGAUUUUAUCCAGCUUCGUAAUGCAAACUCAUUGAAGAUGGCUCGCUCUCAAGCAGCUAGGAAAUGGAUUCUUGAUGCCACAGGAGCUCAAUACUCCUGCCUGAGAGCUCCCAGGCUAAACACUGUACACUGUUCUCCUCUCAAUCGAGGUGCUGCUGGCUGGCGAGUGUUUCAAGACACCAUCAAUGGUAUCAUUUGGCCAUCAGGGAUUGGAUGUCUUCCUAACAAUAUGUGUGAGAAUAAUUCACUGCAGAAAGCUGACCAGUGGCAAAGACUUACUAACAUCCAGACUACCACAUUCUGGUUCAUACAUCUGCCUAAGAAUGCUGACGAUGAUGAGAAAGAAUUGGUCUGA